UUCGACAUUCUGUAAUUAUCUAUCUCAAAAACGGUUUCCCCAAAAUCAACUUCAAUUGCAAUAUUGCAGUCGACGACUCGACGUGUUGUCUCCUCAAUGCAAGGCAAGCUAUACGUGGCAACACAACCAAGAGCCAACCAGCAAGAUCAUUAUUUAACGUCCUCUUCUCAAUUCUCAUCAUCAUCUGUCGUCGGUAAAUUCAAUCACCACCGCACCGCCGCUCCCCACUCCAGCUUCUUAAUUCGUCUUUACUCUUGAAGUGCAUGCAGCCGAUCGACAACCAUGAUCAUAACGAAUGACAACUUGAUGAACAUAGUGUUCACCCCCAUCUCCCUCGUCACACUGCUCGGCUUCUUGAAUCAUGUCUACCGAGUCUACACCAGAGUGGAGUCCAUCUGGAGGACAGUGUUCAAGGAGGAUGUUACCGGAAAAGUCGUUCUCAUUACCGGAGCAUCUUCCGGCAUCGGCGAGCAUCUGGCUUACGAGUACGCCAAGAGAGGAGCCUGCCUUGCUCUGGUUGCCCGGAGAGAGGAUCGCCUCCGCCAUGUCGCCUCCAAAGCAGAGGAGAUGGGUAGCCCUUACGCUCUGGUCAUCCAGGGUGACGUCACCAACGCCGAAGACUGCCGCCGGUUUGUCAACACAGCUGCGACGGUAUUUGGCAGAUUGGAUCACCUGGUAACCAACGCCGGAGUUUGUCCAGUCAGCUUGUUCGAGGACAUCCCUGACGUCACCCAACUGGCCCCGUCAAUGGACAUAAACUUCUGGGGAUCAGUGUACAGCUCCUACUUUGCAAUUCCACACCUGAGGGAGACCCACGGGAAGAUCGUAGUAAUAUCUUCGUGUGCGUCGUGGCUGCCUGCUCCGAGGAUGAGCUUCUACAAUGCAAGCAAAGCAGCGCUAGUUGCCAUGUACGAGACGCUGAGAGUGGAACUGGGAACCGAAAUCGGAAUCACAAUCGUCACCCCUGGGCUAAUCGAGUCGGAAAUGACAGGCGGCAAGUUCCUGAAUCAACAAGGCCGACUGGGAAUGGAUAAAGAAAUGAGAGAUGUUCAACUGAGCGUGAUGCCUCUGGAGUCCACCGCCGAAUGUGCAGAAGCAAUUGUUAACAGCGCACUGCGGGGAGACAAGUACUUGACAGAGCCAGAAUGGUACCGGUCAAUAUUCUGGGUGAAGGCGUUUUGCCCUGAUGCCAUCGAGUGGAGCAACCGAUUCUUUUUGCUCCCGCCGCCUGGCCGCUCAGCCGAUGAUGCCCCCAGCAAGAAGAUUGCUGACAUCGCGAAUCGGUGCAAGGAAUCCAUCUUCUGGUUUCUGGAGAUUCUUCCAAGUCUAGCCACCGGAAGUUUCCUGCUUGACCAUAAUUAACAGUCUCCAAACAUUUCCCUCCGACAGAAAGACAGAAAGAUCUACGGCUACUACUGGCCUAGUGUAGUUCGGGGCUUCAUUCUGUUGUAGAAUGUUACAUCAUUGCGUUCUCUUGUAUGAGUAAUUCACCUUGUCCAGCAAAUAAAUUAUAACUUCCCUU